UUUUAUUUACACUCCCCUCUUCAUCUACUUGUAGGCAGUCAGAGUAUCUCAAGGCGGCCUGCUUGAGCAUCUGGGCUAUCUGUUCCUGUCAUCUAGACAUUUCAACAAGUUAUCUAUUUUUGUUUCUUUUAAUAUAUCAUUAUGUCUAUUAAUCGCACAACCUAUUCUGGCGCAUUUCUGAAAGGUGUACAACCUUUCGUUGUCAAAGUUACAAAAUCCCAAUAGAAGAUAAUGUGGUCGCUGGCAAUAUGCAGAGAGAAGAAUAUACAUUAUUCAGAUGUUCAUUUACUGGACUGCUAACAUGUAACUGGCGAUCACUUAAUAUUUAUCGUCAAGAUCGACCAAGAAUUGUUUGCUCCAUUCAACAUUGUAACAGUUAUUGUUCGUUUAGAAAUUUGGGAACAGGAUCGUGUUAGUUUAAAAGUUGAAGAACAUCAUCUGCUCACUGCAUUAGCUCAGUUUAAACGAAUGUAUGCUAAUGUGCGUCAUGAUUGCUUGCAUGCUCUAUUAGGUACAAAAGAACAAGGCUCACGAACACGUGGAAAAGCUAAUCACAUGACCAUGUGUAUUUAUUCGCGUUGUGUUGGUUACAGUAGAGUAUCACCAACACUUGAUAUUAUUGAAACAGCUCGCACUAUCGCACAUGAACUUGGACAUAAUUUCGGUUUAAGACAUGAUACUGAAGAAUGUGAAUGUCAAGGUUGUAUAAUGGCUACUGGUGUAGAAUUUGGCACAACAGUUAUGAAAUGGUCACCAUGUUCUAUAAGAGAUUUACCAGGUCUAUUAAACUAUGGAAUGGGUGUUUGUUUACAUGAUUUGCCUGCUAGUGGGAGUGUAACAAUUAAUUCUUUCGUACCAAACUCUAAAACAUCUACACAUAGAAAGAAUAACAAUAAUGAUAAUAAUAAUAUAAGUAUUCCAAGUGUUGUACAUAUUUAUGAUUGGCAAAGUGAAGCGAAACGAAUUCCAGUUAGUCGUGUAUUAACUAUAAGACAACGUCAUUCUGCCUCAUCUGUUGAGAAAUAUGCAAAUGGAUUAUGUGGAAAUGGGGUGUUGGAUCCUGGUGAAGAAUGUGAUUGUGGUACACAAACUUCAUGUCCAGAAAAGUGGCAAGCCUGUUGUGACCCAGUACGUUGUCGAUUACGUGGUAAUUCUCAGUGCGCUGGUGGUCCAUGUUGUGAUAUUAUUAAAAAUGAUUCCCUGGAAAAUGUAAAUCAAUCAGCAUCUUUUUAUUGUAAAUUGAAACCUUCUGGAACUAUCUGUCGUAAUGAAUCUGGUACUUGUGAUUUACCGGAAUAUUGUGAUGGUCGUAGUCAAUGGUGCCCAGCCGAUGUAUACAAAAUCGACGGUGAAUUAUGCUAUACCGAUGAAGGUCGUCGUGCUCAUUGUAUUCGUGGUGGUUGUCGUGAAGCAGAUGGUUGGUGUCGUGUAUUAUGGGGUAAAACUGCCAGACUUGCUGAUAAAUAUUGCUUUUAUGAAAAUGAAGUAAAGAGUAGAAAAUCUAAUGUCGAUUCUGUAGCAAAUUGUGGCGUACACCGACCAUUAUCUAAAAAUCGAUGGGAAGAUGUAAAAACGUGGACAGGAAUAGCUUGUGAAACAUGGCAUGAUACGUCCUGUGGACGAUUAUGGUGUCAUCAUCAAAAUGAAAAAGCUAUGCUUCUUGGUUGGAUUCAGUCACAAACACGUGUUAUUCACUCAUCUGGUCGAUCAUGUUCUGCACUAGUUUAUGAUCCAGUUUGGCCAGCUUCGGAUCCUGCCACUUGGGACGAGAACAAAUUAGUUCAAAUUAAUGCAAAUGGUGCAGGUGUUGGACUUUAUUCAGCAAAUACACAAGAUGCUGGGAUGGUUCCUGAUGGGACACCUUGUUCUCGAGGCUUUUGUUACAAUGGUACUUGUAAAACAAUCGAUAAUGUUCGUCCACUGUAUUCAUGUUAUUGCAAUGGUCGUGGCAUUUGUAAUAAUUUAGGACAUUGUCAUUGUUCACCCGGUUAUAAACCACCUUACUGUGAAGAAGAUGGAAAUGGUGGCAGUGUAGACAGUGGGCCGCCUCCAAUAAGUAGGAUCAAGGAUAACACAUUACUUGUUGUAAUAUGCAUCCUUUUCUUUGUGAUUUUACCUCUCAUUGGAUUUGGCGUAUACUAUGUUUUUAUACGUUCAGGUAGAUGUUUAUUGAGCACAUCAAAGGAGUUUAUUUAUACAAGUAGUGGUUUACGUAAACCAUGUGAUAAAAAUUGUGCAGAAUGCUUUUGUCAACUAUUCAGACAUGACAAAGCCAAAAAUUCAAAACAAAGUGAUAGACUCGAAAGGCCGUACCCCUUACUUGCAUUCGCAGCCUCCGAUUCAAAAGUCACAGAGAAUAAGGGAUUCAUCAACAGUCAAACCAAUGGUUACUGCAAUGUCACAUCCAAUGGUAAACUAUCAAACGGUUCUUACAGACCAGUUAAACCAAAAACAGUCAGCUUUGAACCAGUGCCCUCUAAGAAAACAACUUCCAAUUUCAGUGGACUCAAAACAAUUUGCUCACAAAACACCUUCAUUAGUUCCUCAACAGAAAAUAGCACAAAAGCAGCAAACAAAUAUCACCGUACAGGUUCGAAAAGAGAAAUUCCAACUAUAAUUUCUAGAAAUGAUAAAAAUUGCAUCAUCAAGGAAGAUAGUAAAGAAACAAUCCCAACUAGUCACCUGAAGUUUACUAAAUUCGAUAGUCAACAUCUCUCCACCGCUUUUGAACAUCACCAACAACAUUUACAAUCGAACAUUACAUCCAUAAAGCCAACUACAUUCAUUUCAGAACCCCGACUUGAAACAAUGACUUAUGAAGGACCGAUGUGUUCUUUAAAUGAUCCAGUUAUAAUUAAUACAUUACAACGUAAAUCUAAAAACACACUUGAUAAUCAAUCAAAAUCUGCUUCAUUUACUAAUUCUCAAUCAUCUAUUAAUAAACAAAAUUCUCAACAGAAAACAAUCACUAAUCAACACCUUACAACGCAACCACUGACAACAGUUGUAACAGGUGGACGUCAACCACUUUCAUCGAAAGAUAUAUCUGAGCCAUUAUUACAAGCAACUACAUAUAACGAAAGCUUAUCAGAUCUAAAAACAGCUAGAUUGAGAUUAUCACAGAAAGAAUUUGAACUUUAA